GAACAUGAAGGGCCAGGAAAGUCCACUUCGAAUAUCGCCGUCUGAUUUGACAGCGGCGGCAAGACUUGGACAAUUAUCCCUAGAACAUGCUGGGGAGGUUGACCUCAGAGUGAGUCCCCUCUCGAAGAAACGACCAGCAAGCUCAGAGGUUUGCACUGCAGACGCCACAGCAUCGGCCAAAGACUACGACAAAGCAAUUGCUAUAAGGACCUCAUGCCUGGCUCCAAAGUACAUCAAACGACCCACUGCAGAGGAGAAUAUAACAGCGUGUCCUCCACUGACAAGUGAGCCAUCGGUCAGUGCAACUGAGGGACGCACCUUGUUUCCAGACCCAUACGAUCCACGAACUCCGGAAGAAUUCUCAGAAGGCUUGAAGCGUCGUCGUCGUCCGAUGGAAACCUUGUAUCUUGACAUUGCACAAUCAAUACCUGGGCUGAACGCAUCGAGAUCUUUACGACAAACAGAUUACAUGUCUCAAGAUGAGUUCACAGCAGAGAUCAAGGGUAUUUAUGCCGCAUUGGUCAUGGUUGAAGCAAAGUGUAUCAAGCUGGAUGCUGCACAUAUGAGUGCGAGUGGGAAUCUUUCUUUUGAUCAAUGGCAGGCACUUUUUGCAGUACAUCGAACCUUGCUGUACGAACAUCAUGACUUCUUGUCUGCAUCACAGCAUCCCUCGACCAGCUCUUCGUUGCGCAAGCUGGCCAUCAAGUACUCUAUGCCAGCUCGAAUGUGGAAGCACGGUAUCCAUUCGUUUCUGGAGGUACUGCGACGACGUCUGCCGGAUUCGCUGGACUACAUGCUGCAGUUCAUAUACUUGGCAUACCAAACAGUCACGCUACUCUACGAGACGGUUCCAUCCUUCAAAGACACCUGGAUCGAAUGCCUUGGAGACUUGGCACGUUAUAGAAUGGCCGUUGAAGAGGUAGACAUGAGAGAUCGCGAGGUUUGGGGUGGAGUGGCCCGUGAUUGGUAUUCAAAGACAUCAAACAGAAACCCAGAUGUGGGGAGACUAUACCAUCACUUGGGCAUACUGGCACGCCCAAAUGCGAUACAACAAGCAUACUACUAUUGUCGAGCGUUGACCUGUGUUCAGCCUUUCGAGUCUGCCAUGGAAUCCCUGUCUUCGUUGCUCUUGCCCUUGACAAAGGUUGAGCCAGAGCGAGCAGUGAUGCCAUAUGUGGACGGAACAGACUCCAUGUUUCUUUGCCUGCAUGCAAAGCUGUUGGCUUCCAGAUCUCGCAAUCACGGGACUCAACUUCGUGUUUCCAUUUCUACGUAUCAUCUAUGGCUUGAUGCGCAAAUUCGUCGUCAGGCGCUCAAGUGGAAGGAUCAUGGUGUCUUCAUUGCCGUCACUAACAUUUCAGCUUGCUUCGGGUACGGCUACUUUGACAAUUGUCUAUCAAAAGCUUACAGGAAAGGGAUAAAGAUUACCACGCUAAACCGGAACUCGCUAGGAUNNUCCGGUACCCAAGGAGUCGACUCCAUCUUGGACGAUUCCCUGCAUCUUCUUUCCAACACACUCGCGCUGGUUCUAUCUCGAGAGAAUGAUUUCAACGUCCUCCCUCAUGUACAUACAAUUCUGGCUUUUCUUUGGAGCGUCUACAAUCUGGCGAUCGGACCGGCCGCCGUGAUUACAAAAGUACUAAGUUCCAUCCCUUGGGGGAAGAUUGUCGAUUUCCUCAACAGUUUUAUCAGGACCGAGCCGAUUGAGAAUCGAGUCGCGGACGAAGGUCGGCGAGGCAGCUUUCUCAGAGGCGCCCCCAAGCCAUUGCCUGAAGACUAUCUUCUUCGCGGCUUGGUGUGGUGCAGAGGCUAUUUUGUGUCUGGUUGGUUUGACGAGAAGCACGACGAGGAAAGCCGGCUUCUGGAGCUGCCCAGCACGAACAAGGUGAGGAUUGAUAGGGUGAUGCGGUUGAGCAUUUGCUUGUCACAGAAAGGAAAUUUCAUCUCUUUUGAUCAUUCCAGGAAGGUGUUUCUCAAGCUCAGU